UGCGGAAGUAGUGACAAGUGACGCAAAACAUCGCCGCACGGUGAUCGGAAUUGGACAGUGCUUUAAAUGACAGCGUAGAAUGGUAAAGAAACUCAAUCAAACGCCAAGGAAUAUUAAAGAAAGUCAAAAAGAACUCUAUUCUGAGCUAAACUGAGGCCGGGUGUGCAGUAGUCAUGGCUGAGGCCGGUGCUCAUCUGACCUCCAGCACUGUUCGGGACCAGCCGUCCAUCUUUGAGGUUCUGGCUCAGGAGUCUCUGAUGGAGGCGGUGAAACCAGCGCUGAGACACGCUGUCAAGGUUCUUGCAGAGUCCAACCCGUCCCGCUUUGGUUUCCUGUGGCGCCGCUUUGACGAGUUCUACCUCCUGCUGGAUGUCCUCCUGCAGAAGCACUUCCUAUCCCACUGUAGCGCUUCCUUCUCGGAGAACUUCUACGGUCUGAAAAGGGUUUCAAUGGGGCAGGGUCUUCCUGUUGGCCUGGGCCUGCACGCCAAAGCCCGCUGGCGCUCUCUUCUUCUCCUGUGCCUCGUGCCGUACUUGCGGGCCAAGCUGGAGGCCACCUUUGCGCGCCAAAGGGAAGAAGAAGACUUCUCCAUACGGCUGGCGCAGAGCAGGAGUCAGAGGCUGUACCGGGCGGCCGUGGCGGCCUACCCGUAUGUCAACUCGGCCUGGCGGGCCUGGAUCUUUUGUCAGCAGCUGCUCUUUGUCUUCGGAGCGGCGCGCACUCACAAUCCUCUGCUGUGGCUGGCGAGGGUUCGACUGGCUCGACUCACCGAUGGAGAUGUCCGAGAGAUGGAGAUGAACGCAAGCAAAGGGGGAAGUCCGGCUGGGGACAGUGUGUUGCAGAGGGCGUGGUGGUUGACCUCACAAGCGGCGAAGGGCGUGGCCGUCUCCCUGUCCACCUCCCUCUCUCUGGGGGUCUUCUUCUUGCAGUUCCUGGAGUGGUGGUACUCUUCUGACAACCAGGCCACAGUGAAGAGCCUCACGUCCCUCCCCGCGCCCCCGCCCCCCCUCCACCUACACACGGCCGACCUCAAGGAGGACAGUCUGCGUGAGGCGGCGGCCGACGUGUCGCGGUGUCCACUCUGCAGGAGGCUUCGUGUAAACGCCACGGUGCUGUCCACGUCGGGUUUUGUUUUUUGUUACCGCUGCAUCUACACGUAUGUGAAAGCCAACCGUCGUUGUCCUCUCACCGGCUACACGACUGAACUGCAGCACCUCAUUAAAAUUUACUCGCCAGACACUUAAAAUUUGACGCUCUAAUAGAGCAACUUCUCCUACCUAGGCUUGAGAUUUGGAAACUGUGUGAUAUCACUGUGUGAUAGAGACUUUGUAAAAGUGCGAAAAGAGUAUCUUGAGGAAUAAUUAAGUCAAAUAAGUUGGAUGUCCAACCAAUCACUUUUGAAUGACGUGUUGGUCACCAAUGUGUACUGUACUUUUCCAACGAAUCAAACUUUGUAUCAAAUGUGAAUUAUCAUGGAUCUACUUGAUCAAAUUGUACUUAAAAUCUUUCAACUUGU